AUUGGUUCAUUACUAUCAUGUGAUCAGAAGUUCUUAGUUCAGAGUUGUGAGUUUGAUUCCCUGUUGGAGAUUUUCUGUCUGAUUCUAAAUUGUCCAAAGUGACUGAGAGUCUGGAUUGUUGCAGCUGGAGAAGACGUGUGGCAAAGGUCACCGGGAGUCGAACCAGCGUCCAGGACUAGGGCGUGCUAACCCGCUGCGCCACCACAGCACGCCCCAUUACUUCUUAAACUAAGUGAUAUUUAUGUUGAAUGUUUUCCCUUACUCUCCAAAACCUGUUUAUUUUUUAUUCUGUUUUCAUAAAUUACAUAUUUUUAUGUUUUUGUGACUCUACUGGUUGUUCCACACAAAGUUUCCCACUGGAACAAUAAAAAAGAAAAAACCCUAAAUGGUGUUUUUCACUUCUUCUUUCUUCAUGGUUUUAAUUUCCCUUUUCUAAUAUUUCAUAACGCUAAACAGAAAGUUAACUUUCCCAGUCUGAAGAGAGAAUCGAUGGUUGAUACUGGGAAACGACCAGUGAGCGGCUCGUCUCUCCUCCCCAACAUGCAGCAGAACACAAACCAACCAAUGUGUGUCAAGAAACAACAUUUAGUCAUUAAAGUCCUGCAGUAUAGUGACGUAAAGCAACCAGGAUCAGACAAGAGGAAGAGUGUAACGUCCCAGGAGGAAGGAGUCUGAAGAGAGACGGGAAACCAUCAGAGCCUCAACAUGAACGUCCAUCACAGUUUGUUCUGUCUGAUCUUCCUCUCUUUGCAGGUCAGAUCUGUUGACAUUUUGUCACAUUAUGGACUUUUUGGAGGAAACACAACUUUUCCAUGCAGCUUUCACUCAUCUGGAAGAACAAAGUUCUUCUGCAGGGAAACCUGUGAAGGAGAAAACCUCCUGAUCAGAACGAGUGAUGACUCAGCUCAGAUCGGCCGAUACAGAACUGAAUAUGUCCGGGAAGCUUCCAGAACUUUCUCAGUUCUGUCUGUGAGCAUCUCCGAGCUGACCCGGUCCGACGCCGGUCGGUACCGAUGUGGUUUGGAAGACUCUCCAUCACCAGCUUCAUUCCAGGACUUCAGGCUGGUUGUUGUGGACGAUCUGCUGGAUGGAAACAAAGUUCCUGACCUCCUUACAGAAGCCGGCAGCUCAGUGACAGUCGCCUGUUCCUUUGAAGACUCUGGGAGAAAACGACUGUUCUGCAGAGGAGAAUGUGGAAACGAAGAAGUUCUGGUUCAGACUGAUGGAGUCAGAGCUGACAGAGGCAGAUACAGCAUUGAAUACGAAAAAAGACAAAAAUCAGCGGUUCUGUUGGUGACCAUCACACAGCUGGUCCAAUCUGACUCCGGACGGUACCGAUGUAAACUGGACAGAGCCAUUCGAUCAGAUCUAGACAGAGACUUUUACAUCACCGUCACUGAUGUUCCUGAUCCAUCGACUUUCACACCAACAACCACACAGAGUUUCAGCUCCUCUUCAGAAAGUUUCACUACUUCAGUUUCCUCAGAAACCGCCGAUUUCUGUCAGGGGACACAGAGAGCGACCGACACUGACCCCAACAGCAAUGUUCUGCUGCUGGCCCUGAUUCCACCCUUCAUCAUCGUCAUCAUAGCUCUGGCUCUGCUGCUGUACUGGAGAAAAACAUCUGAUGAAGCUCCGACAGCUCCUGCUGAGCAACCAGAGGAAACUCCUGAGGCGGCCACGUUUUACGAGAACGUCAGAGAGGAGGCCGGACUGUGGCGAGAUGUUGAUGUGGAGCUUUACGAGGUUUACCAUGAAAUCCUGAACACCGGAGCAGCAGCUGGGGGCGAUGGAGACGACGGCUCUGAGUCUGAACAGGAUACUCGGCUAUAAGUUUCAGACGUUCAGGGGACCAAAUGUGGAGAACAUCGUCAUGGUAACCACUACCUGAAGGAGUCUGAGUUCUGCCACCUGGAACCAGAACCGGAUCGGCUCUGCAGUCAACAUAGGAGCCUGGAGUCAAACUGUUUUCAAACUGGAUUCAGACUGGAUUAAAAUAGGAUUCAGACUGGAUUAAAAUAGGAUUCAGACUGGAUUAAAAUAGGAUUCAAACUGGAUUCAGACUGGAUUAAAAUAGGAUUCAGACUGGAUUCAGACUGGAUUAAAAUAGGAUUCAGACUGGAUUCAGACUGGAUUCAGACUGGAUUUGGUUUCUCAGGUUUGCAGUUUGUUCCCUGAAUCAGGAACCUGAAGAAAUAUGAAUGAACUAAACACGUCAGUAAAUGUUUCUCUGCAUUUAUUUGUUUUUGCUCCCUGUGAUUCUGAAUAAAACAAAAGUUUAGAUUUAUUUCAGCUACUUGGUUGUUUUGAUUAGGAAUUGUUGAUUAUGAUCAAAGUUUACAAACUGAAAAUGUUUGUUUUUAUUCCAAUCAUUUUGUUUCCCAUCUGUAAAUAAAAUGCAGCAAACUGGGAUUUUUCUUCCUGACUCCUUUGAGUCUUUGAUGUUUUCCAACAUUUAUUAUAAAUUAAACUUUGAUGUUUAGA